CGGGGGCGCCGAAGCGCCGCCGCGGCCGCGCGAGCGCGGCGGCGCGGAGGCGCCGCCGGCGUGCCCGCCGCCGCCAGCCCCGCCCGCGGACGACGAGCCGUCGGUCGGCUCCACGGCCCACGCCUCGGGCGAGUGCCGGCCCUGCGCGUACUUCCACCGGCCAGGCGGCUGCCUGAACGGCGCGGAGUGCCGCCACUGCCACAUCUGCCCGGGCGGCGAGCUCAAGGCGCGCAAGAAGGAUAUCCUGACAAACUCGCGAGCCUUCGCGGGCGGGAGGCCCCGCCCGGCGGCGGCGCGGCGCCGCCGGCGCCCCUGCCCACGCUGCUGCUGUCGCCGCUGCGGCCGGCGCCGCCCUCCGCGGGGGCAGCAUCGCUAGCGCCAGUCCUCAACGCAGGCUCCGUGCUGCACGGCUUCGGCUGCUGCAAGCCCUGCGCGUUCCUGUGGAAGCCCUCGGGCUGCGGCAAGGGCCAGGCCUGCCAGCACUGCCACCUCUGCCCCGCCGGGGAGCUCCAGGCGCGCCGCAGGGCGAGGCAGGCGCUGCUGCGCCUGGCGGGCGGCGGCCCGGACCUGCCCCCGCCGCGCGCCCCUGCCCUCGCGGCGGCGGCCGUGCGCGUGGAGCUGGCCCGCCUCGCCCGCGCGCUGGCGGCGCCGUCCGGGCCCGAGCUGACGUCCGCGCCCCUGCCCGAGAAGCUGCCCCCGCCCGCCUUCCUCGCCCCGCCGGCGGCCUGACGCCGCGCAGCGGGCCGCGGGGAGGGCCCCCCGGAGGAGGGCGGGCUGCCCGGACGGGUCCCCGCCUCCUCCUCCUCCUCCUCCUCCUCCUCCUCCUCCUCAGCAAUCCACGCAAAACAAAAAUCCGCUGCAGCACGUCUGCAAGGGUUGCGCGCCGACAUGUAAUUAGGGGAGGCGGAUGCCUCCUUAGGCUUUUGCCCAUUUAUAUCGCCUCAGUUGCAUCGGCAAUGCAUCCACCCGACCUGGUGCUGCCGCUGAAGCGGGGGAGCGUCACCAGCCACGCUCCCCAUCAACACGAGUUGGACUGCAAGUCUUAAGUUUGCCCGUUGACGCCUCGAGCUUAGCGACGAGCCGGUGACGCAACGGGCACGGUGAUCACAGACAUCAGGUCACCAUUUCGACAUUUUCCACAAUAUACAUUCUCAUUGCUUAGCAUUAGUUUUUGUAUCAGAGCCAAAGCUGUCCUCAGGCGAUAGACGUCGCCUCCCGUGCAAUUCGGCCGCCGCAGCCGUCUCGGAGGCAUCGGCGCAGAGGUACGUAUAUCGGCGCUCGGCCCUUUUGCGCCGUGCAGCGCAGGCCCGCUGGUGAUUCUCGUCCAGCAGCGGCGGCGCCAGUCGGGCCCUCUGCAUUCGGUGGGACGUCAUGGGAGCCCUGUGUACGCUCUUAAGUCCGUUUGUAGUGUCGACUAGCGUCGAUUAGCGUCUGGGAGUCCUGGGGAUGGUGGUGGGUGGUGCCGACGUUCCGUGCUCUUGCCCAUCUUGCAAUCCACCCGCGGGCGUCCUCGCAUCUCUGCUGGCCUCUGGCUCCAGCGUCUCCCUGCAGGCCUCACAAGAGGGCCUGGCAGGUCCCAGACGCUCGUUCCGCAGGUGCGUCGAGCCCUCGGGACAGCCAGGACGGCCUCUCGGGGGCAACGUGCACGUGAAGGCGAGAGGCCUAGAGUCGAGUAUGAGAGCGACUACAGA